UGACCCUCCCCCGGCGGCUGUGCUCCCGGGCGCGCGGACUUUCUGCGACCCCUCUCGCGACCUUGUCUCGUUUACGUGCGUUUUUAACAGGAGGCUGAUUGCUACGUACGCGGUCAGGAAUGGUGUGUUUUCUUAACGCCUUUCAAUACUGCACGACUCUGCUACCAACGGCAACGCCUUUGAAUACUGGACUGGACCGCUAGCUAGUCGCUAACGCGCGGCGAGGCCAGCCAAACAAGGCAAUAAAUAAAUGCACGCUUAGUUAGGUAAAAGGGCAGAGAAAGGCAAAACCAGAUAGAAAAUUAAAAAGAACUCUUACUACUAUUACUACUACCCUAACCCCCCUUUGGAGUUGGUGUUAUAUAUAUGUCUCGAGCCCCCAUCCUGCCGCUCGCUCGCUCGCUCUCCUCCGCUCGAUUCCAGUGGCCCUGCUGCCCUCGUCGUCCCUCUCCCGAGCGAGAGCAGCACCGGCAGUUCGGACAGAGCUGAAGCCUUGGAGGAGUAAAGGUGUGGUCUUGCCAUGGAGCAGCCGCAGCAGCACAAGGGAGGAGCGGUUCCGGCGCCUGCAGCGGCGGCCGCGGAGCUGAUCGGGUACGUCGACGUGCACGUGCGUAGCGCGCGGGACAUCCAGAACAUCUGCAUCUACCACAAGCAGGACGUGUACGCGCGGCUCUCGCUGCCGGGGGACGGCGCGCCGGCGGCGUCCACGCAGGUGGUCAACGGCGGGGGCCGCAACCCGGUGUUCGACCAGUCGCUGCGCCUCGGCGUGCGCGCGGGGGACGUCGACGCCGCGCUCCGCUGCGAGGUGUGGAUGCUCAGCCGGGUCAAGAACUACCUGCAGGACCAGCUGCUGGGCUUCGCGCUCGUGCCGCUCCCGGAUGUCGUCGCCGCCGACGGCGGCACGCUCGCCCGCGACUUCCCGCUCACCACCAGCGACCUCUUCCAGACCCCCUCGGGCUUCCUGCAGCUCGAGCUCUCCUACAUCGGGGUCGUGCCGGAGGUCGUGCCCAUCUCGCCGACGCCCAAGCCGGCGCUGGCCGACCCGGAGGAGGAGGAGGAGCCGGGGAACAACGCCGCCGACGGCGUCGGGAACGGGAAGGAGUACGAGAAGAUCGAGUUCCCGGACCUGAAUCUCGUGGAGGAGAACCAGAUCAUGGUCUCCGAGUACACCAGGCUGCCGUGCGCGGCCGUGGAAACGCAGAGCUGCGACAGCCUCCUGACCUCGGAGCACGAUGACGGCGCCACGGCCCUGAGCCGGGACGCCGCCGUGCGCCUCGUAGAUAGCUUCUCGACGGACAACAGCACCGCCGACUCGGUGGGCGCCUUCCAGAGCGACACGCCGGUCAGCAGCGUGUCUACCACGGAGUUCCCGGCCACCCCUCAGUCUAACUCCAGCUCGGAGCCGUCCGGGAACGCCCACUCGUCGGCUGACCACAAGGCGAAGGCAGCGUCGGAGACCGCCGACGCGGAGGUCGACUCGUCCCGCACCGUCCAGGAGGUCCCGCCGGCGAACUCGCCCUGCGCCGCGUCGGAGGCUGCCGUGCACAAGCCGGUGAUCAGCGUCAACAUCGAGCAGGAGGUGAAGGUGGACGGGAACCAAAUCAUGGACAUGUACAUGAAGAGUAUGCAGCAAUUCACGGAUUCCCUGGCCAAAAUGAAGCUUCCAGCCUUGGACAUAGACAACGGUAGCAGCGGGAAGAGCAGUCCCGCAGCAGCCACACCCAGCGCAGACUCCACUGGUGCCGACUCGACCGCGGUGAAGAAGCCGACCGCCGCCGGGCAGCAGGAGAAGCCCUCUCCCAAGGUGUUCUACGGCAGCCGGGCGUUCUUCUGAUCUCCGGUUCGCUGAUCAGCGGUAGCACACCGCUCCAGCCGCCGAGUAACGAAGCAAAGAGACGGCAUUUGCAGUCGUCUCAGCUGAAUCUUACUAGCGCAGAGGAAUAACACCUUCUCAGGCUCUUGUUCUAGGUUUGUCAGAUCGGGGAUGAGUUACUGUCUUUAAUGUAUCCGUCAGUACUUAUGAAAAAUGGUUUGGUUUCUCUGUUUUAGUAAUGAUAUUUAGAUCUUUUUUUCCUGUUAAA